AUGGCAUACUCGAUGAGUCUGGGUCACGAUACCAACAAUAUUGCAGAACUUUUGGGGUUGUUGCAUGGUAUUCGGUUGGUGAAGGAACAAGGAGCAGUGGACCUUGAUGUAGAACUUGAUUUUUGGUUGGUAGUAUACUGGAUAUACGAAAAGAGAUGUAAUACUUGGUAUCUUGAGGAUUUUUUGGAGAAGGUGAUGGAGGUUUUGCAGGGAUUUAAUGUUCAUCUAUCUCAUAUAUUCAGGGAAGGAAAUAAAGCUGCAGACUUUCUAGCUCGAAUGAGGGCAGAAGGGAGGAACGGAAAGUGGUGGUUGGCACAGGAGGUCCCUCCUCUGCUUUGA